AUGACGAUCCUUACAUAUCAAGGCGCUGCAAUGGCUAAAGCACUUGCUUCACAAUGGCCUGAAACAUAUCAUCCUUCGUAUGUGUGGCAUAUAUAUCAAAAUGCAGUGAAACAUCUUAGUGAUGCAUUGGAGAAAUUUAGUAGCUUUGCUAAAGAUUUUAGUAGUUAUGUUUAUGAUCAUGAUGAAGAGGAAGAUUUUCCAAAUGCAUGGGAUGGUGUGCUUGCAAAGUACAAUUUGGAAGACAAUAGUUGGCUACAUAGAGAAUUUGAAUUGAAGGAGAAAUGGGCUUUGAUAUUACUAGUUGAUAGACGCUAUGAGGAGUUGAAAGUAGAUUGCAAAGACAAUCAAAGUAAGCCAUCUUUGCCAGUUCUAGUGGAGAUAUUGAAGCAUGCAGUAGAUGUGUAUACUUUAACAGUUUUUAAAAUGCUUUCUAAUGAACUUUGGCUUACUUGGGAUUGUGAAUUGUAUACAACUGAAAUCAUUGGGAGUACUACUAGUUACAAAGUCAUUCCUCCAAGAAAACCUCAUGAUCAAACAGUUACAUUUGAUUCGUCAAAUUUGACAGCUAGUUGUAGUUGUAAGAAAUUUGAAUUUGUUGGUAUUUUAUCUACUCAUACUUUGAAGUUUGUCACAGUUUUUGCUGUUAUACUGCUUUUAAGAAGCUCUAGCUAUGUGGGAGGAACUUGGAAGUUGGGAAACAAAGACAGAAAUUUCAUAGAAGCAGCUGUAGAUGAAAAUGAUGUUGGGCCUAUGCAACAACAUUUGCUCUGGGCAAAAGUCUUCGGACACCAGACGAGUUUUAAUUACUAA